CGACUCUUGUCCCAAAAGGCGACGGUGUUUGUGGUACUGCGACCGACUGUCGACUGUCCGGUCACUGGCUCUAGCCGGUCACUUCCGCAGGCUCUGCUCUUGAGGCAGCAUCUGAAGGGAAAUGCAUCGUCUGAAAGGACUGACAGGAAGCGAUUACGUCUGCCGAUCUACGAGUUUGAGUUAGAUCCGGAUUCGGAACUUGUGUCGAAGGCGCAAUUUGGGGUUGCGAAUCGCCGAUCGGCCUCAAGAAAUUUUGUUCAGGAGAUCCUGACGAUUUCUCCUUAGCAGUCGUCCGAGUUACGGGUGAAUUGGCCAGGAAGGGUUUCCGAUGCUCAGGUCAAGAAUACUCCGAAGGCUCCUGCCCUUUCGGUCCCAGUCGCUCCAGCGGAGCCCUCUCGAAUCUUUUCCCGCUGGUUUAGGAACUGCACGUGCCCUUUCUUCUGCUGUUCUUUCUCAACCUCUUACAGAAUCAGAUGGUCCGAACAGAGCCCCAUGGGGUUUGUUCUUCAGCAGGGGUUCCAAAUUCGCAAGUGGUUACUCAGCCCUGACACGGAAGCCGCUGGAUUCCAUCAUGAAUGUGGAGAGCGUGAAAUAUGCUAGUCCAGAGGAGCUCACGACCAUCUGGAACGAGUAUCAUAUAGGGAGGGGGCACAUUAGCGCCGUCAUGGGUAUUCAGCUUUACCAAGCGUUUGAACACCGGGCAAAAACUUGCCCCCUCUUUGUAAUACCCAUCAAGCGUGGCAUGGGGUAUAUCACCCUUCUUGUACAAGCACAGAUGCCAUAUUUACUAUUUACUGGCCUUGGAGAUUAUCAAGCGCGUGGAGCUGACGCGACGCCUUACCUUACUGUAACUCACUAUCAGGAGCUUGCCCCGACUAAAGGACUGGUGCUAGUCAGGGGUGAUGUCGUUCUCACUAGCAAGUUGACCGAUGCAGAGGCCAGAACAGCAUUGGAGAUCGCCCAUUCCUUCUAUCUCAGAGAUUCGAGGUUCAGGAUGGUGCAAAAUUUCAACAAUCGAGCCGAUGAAUUUGAGUUCAGGGAAGUCUUAAGAGAGCUUGGACUGCUGGGCUGAUCACUGUAGGCACUUCCAUUCCUUUCCUUUCACCUCAUUGUUAUGUGUGAGAUUUCCGUAAUAGUAAGUUAUCUCCAUCAUUAUUUCUAUCAUAGAACGUGAAUGUUUUCAUCAUUGUGGCCUCCAGAUGGACGUGACAUUUCAAAUCCGUAGACCGCACGAAGGGGCAGGGUAUUUAUAGGACACCAAGUUUUAUUUUCACAGCACUGUGGGUAUACAAAUUGAAAUGGAGACUGGAAAUUAUGGAAGAGAUAUUUUUCACCUCAUUAUAGAAGCUGAGCUGGUAGGCUCUUACAAUGUUCGCGGCCUCUGUCGGGUCCUGCAUUUUAAAUCUCUCACAUGAGCACUCACAAAGUCAUCUUGUUCAAAUUCUUCAAUGGACGGUAUGAAGAUUCUCAUUCAUAUUUCGGAUGUAGGGCAUAUACUUGUUGGGCUAUAAAAUUCCACAGCUGUGGUAAUAAUGAAACAGAAACUGCAAUUUGAUAGUCAACAUACCAGCAGUUCGUAUCAUAUUUUGACAUGUUACUGGACUGCUGGAACUGUUUGAUUAUGUGGAUACCAAGGUCUACAAGUCUCACACACCGACCCAUUCUGGAUCAUUUUCGUUUUGGCUUUCUCAAGUGGAUUCUUGUUACCCGAGAUACGCACUAACAGUAGCUAUGAGGAGUAAAGACUAAGUGGAGG